AUGUCGGCUUCGCUCGCGCCAGAAUGCAAUGAGGUGAAAGAGCGCUAUGAUACGUGUUUUCUUAAGUGGUACAGCGAGAAAUACUUGCGGGGUGCCGGAACUAGCAACAAGAAUGAGUGCGAAAGUCUUUUCAACGAUUAUCAAAAAUGCCUAGGGGUUGCCUUGAAGAAGAAGGGCAUCGAUAAACUGCUUGACGAGGCAAGGGAAGAUAACAAAGACAAUGAUGCAACCCAUAUGGGGCGGAGUAUUGCUUCCAGGCCAACUCAUAGAAGCCCUCCGCCUUUUUUUUGUGUCCAACACCGCCUCGAUACGCGCACCGGACCCCGCUGGCGCCUCCCUCACACAACACCUGAACUUGAUUCAUCCUCGAGCUCCGAACGGACGAUACCCGCAGUCGCCCGCGCCGAGGUCGCACUGCCCACCGUGUCCUUGCCCCUCGCAAACAAGCUUCCUAGAGCAUCUUAUCCAAUAUAUGUGUGUGGAUAUACACUGGUAGCUGAGGCCAGCGGUCAAAUCCAAUCCGGCCCCGCAAUGCGCUUUUGA